CUAUCCUAUGGAUAAGGGGGGAGAUUUAUCAAAACCUGUCCAGAGGAAAAGUUACCCAGUUGCCCAUAGCAACCAAUCAGAUCGCUUCUUUCAUUUUGCAGAGGCCUUGUUAAAAGUGAAAGAAGCGAUCUGAUUGGUUGCGAUGGGCAGCUUUUCCUCUGCACAAGUUUUGAUAAAUCUCCCCCAAGAUGUCUAGGGGUGGAGUACCCCUUUAAUGUAAUAUGACUGCAAGUCCCGGUCUGACGCUUAUCAAACCUGUGGUGUGGCCAAGACUUGUGGUCAUAAUCCAUAUUGGGGGGGGAUCCAGCCGUAUUAUGCCCAUGUUAAACCGGCCUUAGUAGAAAAUCUGAUGCGUGUGACCAUACCCUUUACGGGACUAUGCUUUUCCAGCAGAAGCCAUAGAUUGUUCUUUUACACGGGAUGACUGCAUUGUACAGCAAUUGAGUUGUUGCCCAUAGCAACCGGAUUGUGUCUGGUUACUGUAGACGACAACAACAACUUUAUGCACCGGUUGUAUUGAUAAAAUGUCAGAUGGCUGUAGUACAGCUGCAUGUUUGUGUCCGUAUUAGGGCUGCAAGGCCUGUACCUGACCCCCAUGAGGUUCUUUGGUGGGCUGGAGGGUCUCCUGGCCACCUACAGCCAAGUUCUGUAUAUGUAGGUGAACGGUAUCUUCAUAUAGUACCUGUAGUUUACUGUAGACAGGAAUGGAGCUGCAUAAGAGAAAUUGAGCUACAUGGGGCGUUGUCUUAUGCAGACCUGGGAACCUCCAUCAAAAAGUCUGGUGGGCACUACAUCUAUUUGCUGGAGACCCUCGGCCCGGUUCCAGCCUUCCUAAGACUCUGGGCUGAGUUUGUCAUGAUCAGGCCAGCAAAUAUCGCAGUGGUCUGUUUAGCAUUUGGACGCUACUUAAUAGAGCCUCUGUUUGUACCUUGCAACGCACCCCCCAUCACUGUCAAACUCAUCAGUGCCAUUGGUAUUGCAUUCCUCAUUGCUCUGAAUUGUUGGAGCGUCACCUGGUCGGCAAACCUCCAGACCACCUUCACAGUGCUGAAGUUUGUGGCUAUUGGACUGAUAAUUAUACCUGGUUUAAUGGCUUUAGCAGAAGGAAAGACAGAAAACUUUCAGAAUGCAUUCGAUACAAGUUCAUUGGCUUUGGACAAAAUUCCAUUGGCGUUUUACUCGGGAAUGUUUGCCUUUGGAGGCUGGUUUUAUAUUACCUUUGUUACUGAAGAAAUUGUAAAUCCAGAGAGGAACAUCCCUAUAACUGUGAUCCUCUCACUUAUCAUCGUCACAGUCUGCUACCUUCUCACCAAUGUCUCCUAUUACACCAUCCUAACACCGAGUGAAGUUCUGUCCUCUGAGGCUGUGGCCAUGACCUUCGCCGACCAUACUCUGCCACAAAUCUCUCCUGUGAUCUCCAUACUGGUGGCCAUGUCAUGUUUUGGGGCCCUGAAUGGUGGAAUUUUUGCUUCCUCUAGGAUGCUUUUUGCAGCCUCUAGAGAAGGACAUUGGCCUAAUUUGUUCUCUAUGAUUCACAUCAGAAGACACACACCUCUUCCUGCCUUGCUAUUAAUGAUGCCGCUGGUUUUCCUGAUGAUUAGUAUUGGGGACCUUUAUGGACUCAUGAACUUUUACAGCUUUUCUCGAUGGCUUUUUAUGGGAUUAGUCACCUUUGGUCUCAUUAUUCAUCGCCGAAAACAUCCUGAUCUACCUCGACCAUUUAAGGUUCCACUGGUCAUACCCAUAAUUUUUAGCACUAUGUGCCUCUUCAUUGUGGGAAUGUCGCUAUACUCUGACCCAGUGAACACCGGCAUUGGAUGUCUCAUCACAUUAAGUGGUUUGCCAGUCUAUUAUUUAACCAUCCACAACCAGCAAAUGCCCCGCCGCUUGAGGGAAACCUUCAAUCUCCUGACUUUGAAGAUGCAAGUACUGUUGGAAGUUAUCCCUCAAGAAAGAAAGACAUACUAGUCAUGGAGACCAUGUGCCAACAUGGCAGAUCCGUGCCUGUCCUCAACAUACUACCUUGUAUAUAAUAAAACAGAGUUAAAACCAGCUUCAUUUGUAAAGGCCGCUGACUGCCUGGUUCUGUAUAACCAGCCUUAGGUCCUAACUGAAAUACAAGGACUGAAAUGGAAGUCACAUAGACAUGAAGACAUUAGUUGUUAGGCAACCUAUAGUAAUACAGUGAGUAGAAUACACUAAACUGGAUGUGUGUUGGACAAACUCUGCCAAAUGUAUCAUCUAAUGUGUAUGGGAGGCUUCCGACUCUUUCUCGAGAGCUGAUGCCGGUGGAAAGAACUGUCGGACAUGUUGGAUUAUAAAACUUGGCCAUACACACCAUAGUGGGCAACUCAACUUGUAGUUAUGGCACUGGAGGUAGGUUCUUCCUAUUCAGCGAAGAAAGGAGACUAGUAGCUAUGCCUUGCCACCACUCAUCUGGAGGAAAGUAUGAGAGGCCCCUAUAUGUUGGUGACUAGAGAUGAGCGAAGUUACAGUGCUUCCAUUCUGCACGAACCUCGCGGCUCGGCGGUUGCUGACUUUAGCCGGUAUAAAUGAGUUCAGCUUUCAGGUGCUCCGGUGGGCUGGAAAAGGUGGAUACAGUCCUAGG